AUGUACGAUCAAGUUGAUAUUUUCCGCGAAGUUUAUAAGUUUACGUUUAUAGGCAAAAUACUGAUAUUUAUCAACCCAGGACAUGUGGUGAUGGAAUAUUCUUCGUUUUCGGGAGUUGCUAGCAGACGUUCAAUUUUCUUGCAGAGUUCUCAACUUCCAUUCCUCCGUCUAGUGAAAUAUCAUGUAUAGUUGUGCAAUUGGUUGCUUUCGAAGACACGCUGUAAACAAAUUCGUUGGACCGGAUCAGGCAGUUCCUUGCAUUAACCGGUUUAUUGGGACACAAAAUAGUCCGUACAGAUGGUGUUUCCUAAGAAGAAAUUCUCAUUACGUAGCUCCCAAGAAUCGAACAUUUAUCGGUUGGCAAAGGCAGCGAAUAUUUGGUCUUUAUCUGCCUUCUAGAACUUCUCCCGUGCGUUCACGUUCCAGCACUAGUGGAAGUCUUACUAACAAUGGAAAAGAGGAGAAGCAAGAGGAGAACGUAAACCCUGCAAAGAAACAACUAAAAAGUGACGAUCUCUUUCGGAUAUUAUCACUUGCCAAACCGGAGUAUAAGAAUCUUGCUGGUAAAUUAAAUCUCUUUAAAGUUAGUUUUAUAAUUAAGAGCAGUCAACCAGCGAGAGCUUGCGUGUCACUCUCUCAUUUGACAGCUGAUAGGCGAUCAAAUAAGCAAUUGACUCUGAACUCCCUAUCUCCGUAAUAAGUAUAGUAGAUUAAGAAAGUUGAUCUCUUACCUUGUUUGUCCUUUCAUUUUUAAGUGCUAGUUUGGAUAAUAAUGCAAUACAUGAAUAGGAACUAUGAAUUAUUAUAGUAUGAAUGAACAAAAAUAUAUAUAUAAACAAAUAAAAUGCAUUGUCACAUCUAGAGACCUCUUCCAUCCUGUCCAUCUGGGGUAGGUCAAUGGGAACAAUAAUGGGUAACCCAAUACUGGCAUACAAAUUCUCCUGAUUGAUCUCCAACCAAACAUUUCUUGAGGAAUUAAUUUAGAUAAUUUGAUAAAUUCUCCUACCUUUAUCUAAUGAUUAUGUAUUUGUAUUUUAGGAGAAGAUUGAUUUUGAUCAUUCUUGGGAUUCAAAGGGUUGCUUACUCAGAGUUUAUGAACAAAGGUGGGGGGAAGUUUGAUUGAGAAGGUCCAUCACUGAUGCCAUUGAUCAUCUUUUUUUUUUUUUGCUAGGAGCCAUUGGUCUUUUGUUCAUCUCCUCAGCUGUUACCAUGUCUGUACCAUUUUGCAUGGGAAAGAUCAUUGACAUCAUUUAUACAUCAAGUCAAAAUCCUGCACAAAUGGUCGAUACACUGACAUAUGUCUGUAAAAUCUUGUGUGGAGUUUUCCUUUUGGGAGGAACAGCUAACUUUGGAAGAGUGUACCUUAUCCAAAUUUCUGGUAAGAAACUCAAAGUCUUUUCUCUGUCAGUCUUUUGACCCUUGUCAGUAUAGUUUGUAGUCUCCUUUUCAGCCGUGUGACCCUAAAAACAGCUGCAACGUCGACUAUAAAAUAGUUGGUUGCCUUAUGUAAAAUUCUGUAAACUUCUCCAGGCCAAAAAAUCAUCAAGAGACUGCGUGAAAGACUGUUCAGUUCCAUACUUAGACAAGAAACAGCCUUUUUUGAUCGAACAAGGACAGGAGAGCUGAUCAAUCGUUUGUCAGCCGACACCAUCUUGGUGGGAAAGGCUGUCACAGACAAUGUAUCAGAUGGACUGAGAGCUGUUGCGCAGUCUCUGGCAGGAGUAUCCAUGAUGGUGAGUUCAGUAAAUCUUUGGUCAAAGCCAUGAUUUUUUUGUCAUUUUGCAUCAACUGAAGGGCAGCAGUCAUAAAGAAGUAUAUGGGACUAGGGUCCUUACUAAAACUAUGAUGGGGACAGCAAUGGGAUCAUCAAAAAAUCAACAGGUUUAAAGAGCAAAAUAACAACUCUGCAUGUGCAUCACACUUUUUUGUAAAUUUCUUUGCUAUCCCAGCUCAACAAAUGAUGGAAAAGACCAAAUUUUAAAUUUUAAUUAAACUUGAGAACAUGAAUGGCAAUGCAAUAAAUUCUAUCAUCUCUGUGUGAAAUCAGGCAUUGUCCCUGCUCUUCAGCUCCAACCUAAAUUCCCCUUUAAGUAACAAGGACUUGGUACAAAAAAAGUUUGAAAGGAUGCAAAGUCUAUUUUUCAGCAGUAUUUUCAUGUCCCUAAUAGUAACAUAACAAGAGUUAAUUUAUUCGCUGCUUUAGAAACGAGAAAGGGAAUAGAGCCAAAAUGUGCCCCACAAUUGUUUUUGGGAUUGUUAUUGUGGACACGCUGGUCAGCUGUUGGCCAUUGUUUUUCCCCAUCCCCAGUAGCAGUCCGAGAAGUCUUUGUAAACCUUAAUUUGGACCAGUCUCCCAUCUCGUUUCUAAAGUGGUGAAUUAAGGGAGCAUAUUUUUUUCAACUUUUAGUUUUAUGUCUGCCCCAAGCUGGCUAGCAUUGUUCUUGGAAUUGUACCUCCUGUUGCAAUAGCCAUUGUCAUGUACGGUCGCUACCUUCGCAGUAUCACCAAGAAAACACAGGACUCUUUGGCACAGUCAACACAAGUACUAGUUUGCACUAAAUUGCAUUUUAUACAUUAAUAACAAGUAUCAUACAGAAAAAUAAUAAUGAAUUAUAAUAAUAAUAAUUAAUAAUAAUUAAUUUUUAAUAGUAAUAUGACCCCAACGCAGGAAGACAGGCAACAUGAGAUGAUUGUAUAUUUGACCCCUGGCAACAGCAACAAUUUGGAAGUGGCUCGUGGAGUAAAUUGAAGUUCAGAUUUUCCAAUGCACAGUGUAUCCCCUUUGAUAGUUCUGAACUUCUGGUUAUUCAAAGGUCUUGUACAAUACUGCACUGCUUUUUUGUUGCUGUAUGUUGAUUGAAGAACAAAGCAAUUGGUAAUUCAGUAUGUUGUUGGGGUAAAGAGUCUCCUGUUUGGUCAGCAAUUUAUUAAUCUAAUAUCUUGGUGUGGUUCAAUUUUGCCCUUGAUUUCUAUUAUAUUUAACAACUGAACCACAACACAAACAUGUACAAAAUUUGGAAAAGCCAACUGAUGUAUUUCAAAUAAUAAAUAAAAUAAAUAUUAAUUCAUUGUUUGUUGAAAAUAUUUUAUGCUUAUGUUAAUUUGUAGGUUGCAGAGGAGAGAAUCAGCAACAUACGAACUGUAAGGGCAUUUGGACAAGAAUUGAAAGAGAUCAAGAUGUAAUUAGUUUUUUGUCACAAUUUAAUUAAUGUGAAGAACAACUUGUAGUUUCUUUGUGCCACGUCACUGGCGUGAUCUCAUUUAAAGUUAGUCCUUUUUGUUAUUACUAAUACAAAUACAUGGCAAAAAUAUUGAAAAGAAUGAGGAGAGAAGCAUGUUAUAUUUGAUGUCAUUAAUUACUUUUUUGAUUUAGGUAUGCAGACAGUGUGCUUGAUGUUUUUAAUCUUGCUAAGAAGGAGGCUGUUGCAAGAGCAAUAUUCUUUGGAUUUGUAAGUUGGUUAUUUAGGAUUAGCCAGUCCAUCCCUUCUUCUCCUGCCUAGGGUUGUGCAUAAGGAAAUAUCCAUACAAUAAAAACCAAUUAUUGUCACUGGAGUGUUAGUAUGGUCCUGGGGAUCAAAGGAUGUUCAAGCAGCCAUGGCCAUCCCCAAUUUGGUCCCCUAAGGGGGUUUAAUUGAUUUCUAAUUUUCUGAUUAACAUGCCCAUCCUGAUUAUACAGGAUAGUCGCCCCCUCCCCCAUGAGAAAAGAGGGUUGAUGUAAAAUUGAUAUGGUACUACCCCCAAAAAACAUAGCUCGGUGUGGAUGAAAAAGUGUGACAUUUUGUUUGAUUUUAGACAGGACUGUCUGGUAAUGUUAUAAUGCUGGCAGUGUUGUACAGCGGCGGAAUGAUGAUGACAGAUGCACAAAUCACUGUUGGUGAUCUCACAUCUUUUCUACUCUAUGCCGGGUUUGUUGGUAUAUCCUUUGGAGGUAAAUAAUUAUUACAAAACUUUUGAAGAGUUUCCUAUUAGUCUAGGACAUUAAAUGUUUUGAACUAGACUUGGACUCCUAGAUUCUUUUUAUUUUGGCUUUCAGACAUAGAGGAUAUCCUCUUUAAUAUUGCAUUUUGUAUUUUUUUUCUCCGUUUUCUUUUGAGUAGAGUAGUUGAUAUUAGUGAUGAUAAUUAUGAGAUAAAUGGAAAAGGGCAUGAUACAGUGAAACUACAAUUAUUUCCUCUUUUGUGUAUUCAGGAUAAAGAGUAAAUGUAAAAGAGAGGAAAUGGGAAUAUUGUAUGCUACAUAUUAAUCCAACAGUGAUUCAGUUCAGUUCGUGGUAAACGUUUGAGAUGUGAUCACUCAAAGAGACCUCUCCAGCAGUAUUUUGCUCAUAAUAAUAUCUGUCUAUCUGCUUUUUUUUUUCCUUGUUUAAAUGUUUUAACUUUUACAUUCAGUGGAACCUCUACAACCAAGGCCUAAAGGAUUGGCAUAAUUUGUUAUAUAUUGUACUAUUUCUGGGACAAAGAAUAUCUUUGUUAUACUUAGGAAUAAUUUAUGUUGUAAAGAUGUUCGUCAUUUGGGGUUCCAUUGUAUUUAGCCUAUUCACUCCUGUGAAAUUUUUUCUAAAAUGAUGUAAAUAAGUUCUGUUAGUAUAUGACGUAACACCUCACUAAUAUCGCUGUAUAUAAUCUGCCCUUUCCUGCAGGCCUCAGCUCCUUUUACUCAGAACUCAUGAAAGGGAUUGGCGCAAGUGGUAGACUGUGGCAGUUAAUUGACAGGACUCCCACCAUUCCUCUGUCAGGUGAACUAACUUCUGACCUUCUGCCUGUUUUAAAGGGCCUGUGUCACUGCAGCUUCAUCUAUUAUUUUUUGUCUAGUUGGACCAAUUACAUUGAAACUUGAAAACAAUGAAAAUUUAAGCCAAAGAAUUAGUUGUAAAAUAUAUGAUAAAUCACAAGUUCACAACAAACAAGUUUAGUUGCCUACUGAACAUCAGUCUGUUUUGAAGCAUUUUCAACAGGAAAAGCUCACUAUUUUAAACGAAAAAAUUAUAGCCUUUGUCUUCUCUCUCUGUUUUAUACAUCCUUCACUUUUUUGCACAAGAUGGGAUAUGUACCUAUAAUCCUUUCUUAGUAUUAAAGAAUAACACCUUAGACGUUUCAGCUUAUUGUCUUCAAGAUCAAAUGUACUAAAAUCACCUACAAGCCUGUGUACAGCUGCCCCUGCCUAGAGAGAAGAGGGCAACUGUACGUAGGCUAAAAAUCACCAUUCUUUUAAGCAGCACAGUCCUGUAUGUUUCCCCUUAUUUAUAUUUUUAUUCCUUCAUCUAUUAGGGGAUUAGUCCUGUCAAAUAAAAUUUAAUAUUGUUUUGUGGUCCUGAGUACUCUUGGAUUAAUAACCAAGGCCCUAGCCUGCACCAUAGAUGAAACUAAUCUCUGGUUACUAACCGGGCUUAAAUUACGUCUGUGACGCAGGUUACCAAAGCCAAGUUUGAGCAGCAAACUUUACAGUCUGGUGAACCUGAUGCUGUAUUGUUCUUUCUCAUUAGCAUUAAAUUCGUUUCAUGUGAAGUUUAACAUUUGACGUGGCCUAACAGCAUUCCUAUCAUGUGUUUAGGAGGCUUACGACCAGACAUUCAUGACUUAAACAAGGGGAUCCUGUUUAACAACGUCCAUUUUUCUUACCCAUCUCGGUCUGACAUGCCAAUCUUCCAUGGACUCAACUUGGAGGUUCCUGCAGGAUCGGUCACAGCAGUGGUUGGACCGAGUGGGUCUGGGAAGAGUACACUGGGAUCAUUACUUCUUCGCCUGUAUGACCCGGAUCAGGGUCAGGUGAUCGUUGGAGGGCAUGAUGUAAAAACUCUCUCACCUGAUUGGCUGAGAGGUGCUGUGGGAACAGUUCAUCAGGUGAAUGAAUAGGCUAUUUCCAAUUUGCCUCAGUUUCAGAGGAGGCUAAGUGCUGUACACAGACAUUGUUUUCUCCUUCAAUUUGACAAUCAGCGAGCGCGCAGGCGAUGUGAGCAGGCAAAAACAAGCGCAGAACGAGAGAAAAAAAACUAUCUAAAUAUCUAUUUUCUUCUUCCUCAACCCCUACCCCCUUGAGCUAGCGGUUAGUAAAUCCCCCGCUUCUUUACAUUCUUACGCGCACUCAACGGUCCCUGAUGAGAAAAUAGAGCAAUCGAUAUGAAAAUUAUUUUUUACUCUAAUGCAAAUGAAACCCAUUUUCACAAGGAAGGUUUUGCACUUGAAAGUUUUGAAAGUGAGAGUUACUGGAACUCGGACAUGGUCUAUUUUCCUUUGGUUUCCAAAGUGGACAAAAAAAUUUUUCAUAUGUUUACUUUUCAGACCGUUUCAAGGAGAAAACUUAUCAAAAUGUUUUAAAAUUUUUCUUUUCCUUCAAGGAACCAAUUCUGUUCUCAUCUUCCGUUGCGGAUAACAUUGCAUAUGGUGCAGCCACAGGUCAACAAGUCAGCCAGGAUGAUAUUGAGGACGCUGCUGUACAAGCCAAUGCUUAUAGCUUUAUCAAGAGCUUCCCUAAAGGAUUUGACACUGUUGUGGGAGAAAGAGGACAAAUGCUAUCAGGUUAUAUUCAUAGAAUAGGGUUGAAUUCACCUCAAAGUGAUUAAAUCAAUCAGUCAUGCCCCUCCACUAACCCAACGUUUUGUUUUUUUUAGUAAGAAGUGAGGUGGUGUUAAUAUUGUGAUGGGGGUAGGGUAGGGCAAGCUUUACACACUGUGCAAAAUGGGAGGGGUGAGUCAGGGGGACUCUCUAAAAAUAUGCUUAUGGUGACUGGUAUUUUUGGUUGUUGGGGAGGGGGCAGGGGUGGAAAGCAACAACUAAUGUCAUGUAAAAGUACUUCUAAAGAAAGAGUUUUUAUGUGAUUGGUCAGACCAUAGGAUUCAAACAAAAAUGAAAACCACAAUGACAUACUAAAUAAAUAGUACUACAGUUGUAUGUAAACGAAUGCCUAAAGAGCGUACACCAUAGGUUAAGGUUUUCCAUUCAAACUGGCAAACGGUAGAAUUGCGCGUUAUGUCCUAUAAUUAAUCUUGCUUUGAAAUUAAAGUAACGAAUUUAAAUCUACUUUUGCUUGUGUUUUAUUCCCUGCAGGAGGUCAAAGACAGCGAAUUGCAAUUGCAAGAGCAAUUCUGAAGGUUAGUGAAGCUGUUCUUAUUUACUGGUCAUAUGUCAGUAAUCUUUCAAACCCUGAUAGACAUACAGAUUCUCCAGAGUGGUCUCAGUACAUUUGCUUACAGAAUUAGAUGAGAGAAUUUGUGUAAAGAUCAAUUCUCAUAACUCUUCUCUUGAUAAUUUAUUAAUAUUGUUAGGUAUAAAAAUUGAUGUUCAUCACUAUUAAGAAAUUUAUGUAGGUUACUUGCAGGCUCUCGAGUACAGGGCAAAGACAAGGCGAGAAAACAUAAGGAGGGAGGGGAGGGUGGAGUACCUGGAUAUAUCAGAGCGUAAUCAAACAAGUUCACUAAAAACUGUCUUUCUGUAAUUAUUUAGAACAGCAUAUUUUGUUUAGCAAAUGUUUAUGUUUUAAACUCAAUCUCUUUUCCCCUUAGAAUCCAUCCAUCCUUCUCCUUGAUGAAGCAACAAGGUAAUUGGGUCAUGCUAUUAAGAAGUAGAUUUGUUACAGCUGAUUUACCUAACUUAUAGCUAGUGAUUUAGGCAGUUAAAGGCGGUAUGAUUUUGAACGGCCAGGGCCAGGGCCUAGCAGCAACUGCGCCCUCACUGCGAUGUUCUCGAGUUUAUAACUGACAAGAGGCUUAUUUUGGCCCGGUGCAAAUGUCGCAGCCUUCACGUUCAACUUUUGGGUGGCAAGUGACUCAAAUGGCGUACUUACGUCAAAGCAAAGAAAUAAAUUGUAAGUCAGAGAUAUGGGAAAAGAUAUUUGAAAUUCAUGCAUUAGAUACGUAGUUUUACGUUUUUGAACAGCCCUUCUUGAAUAUCCGCCUCUUCAGGGUCAGAUAAUGCGAUGUUCCUUGCUACCGAACUUAAUUGUUCAGUCAAUCCGCACCACGGAAAAUCUGCCAAACAAAGCUGAUUCAAACAGCGCUUCUCUUUCGUACGUAAUUCAUUAGUUAGGUGCGGCGCGUGAUGUGCUCAGUUUUAAACGAGGCUGAGUCAAUGUUCAUUUUCUUGUAGUGCUUUGGAUGCCGAAAGUGAGCACCUUGUUCAGGAAGCUCUUGAAAGACUGAUGAAGGGUCGAACGGUCAUCACUAUUGCUCAUCGGCUCUCGACCAUCAAAAAUGCUGACAAUAUUGUGGUUUUAAACGAUGGACAAAUUGCCGAAGCUGGUUCUUAUGCUCAUUUGAUGGGCAAUCCGGAUGGUUUGUUCAGGAAAUUGGUUGAAAAGCAAACUAUUGGACUUCAAUAAAAACAGUAUAGGUCUCUAUCCAUUAAUCUAGUUUAGGAUGCAGCUUAAUGAGGUUACCCGCAAUGCAGGCAUUGAAAAAGGUAGGGAGAAAGGGAAAAAGAGAGGAGCGGGAAAAGCACUCCU